AGCUGUUUACCGGCAAAUAACAUUGUUUUCCUCACCAUCUGCUUAUAAAAUUUAAAUAUGAAACGAUUCCUGAAGGUAUUCAAUCAGCAAAAAUGCAAAGUGAUCGGCAUGAUACACGUGGAUGCACUGCCAGGAACACCACGAUACACCGGCAACUGGAAGCAGACUGUUGAGAAGGCCAUCUAUGAGGCGAAUCUGUACAAGAAACACCAACUGGAUGCCGUGCUCAUAGAGAAUAUGCACGAUAUACCCUAUGUCCCAGAGCGGCUCCUGGGUGCCGAGAUAGUGGCUUGCAUGACCCGAGUGGGACAGGCAGUGCGCGAUGUAAUGCCGCAGGACACUCCAUGUGGAGUCCAGGUCCUGGCCUGCGGCAACAAACAAGCCCUGGCCAUUGCCAAAGCGUCCAAUCUGCAGUUCAUCCGCAGUGAGGGAUUCGUUUUCGGUCACGUGGCGGAUGAGGGUUACACGGAUGCCUGCGCUGGGGAUUUGCUAAGAUACCGCAAGCUCAUCGAUGCGGAGGACGUGCUGAUCUUCACCGAUAUGAAGAAGAAACACAGCUCACAUGCCAUAACCGCCGAUGUCAGUCUGUUGGAAACCGCUAAUGCGGCAGAGUUCUUCCUGACCGAUGGCAUUAUAAUCACGGGAACGGCAACAGGUCAUGCAGCCAGUCCCGAAGAUCUGCAGCAGUUAUCCGGCAAGGUAAAGGUUCCACUGAUCAUUGGCUCCGGGGUAACCAAAAACAACAUUGGCAGUUAUUACAAGGAUGCCCAGGCAGUCAUAAUUGGCUCGCAUUUUAAGCGUAAUGGCAGCUGGCUAGAGGAGAUUAGUGAAGAAGCUGUCGACGAUUUCAUGCAAAAGAUCUGCCAGCUACGGCAAUCCAAAUAAUUCGAAUUGUAAAUGAUUUUAUUGAUAUUAAUGUGGUGAUCGAUAAAUAAAUGUAUAUAUGAUUAA